UGAACUCCUAGGCUCAACUGAUCCUCCCACCUCAGCCUCCCAAAGUGCUGGGAUUACAGGCAUGAGCCACCACACCCGGCCGCAAUUGUCCACAUUUGACUGAAUGCUAUCUCACGUAUCUUUCUUUUUCCUCUUUCCCUCCUUCCCUCCUGUUCCUCCUUCUUCCCCUCUUUCUUCCUGUCUUUUUCUUCCCUUCCUCUGCCUCUCUUUCCGCUUCCCUUUCUUCUUGCUGGUACUCAAACCUGGGACAUUUGAACUGGGAGCCUAUUUGCUCAAUCAUCGAGAGACAUAAUCAUAGUGGAGCGUCUGCUGGUAAGUGUCGGGUGGCGGGAUCCCAACUCCAGGCCGUCCUUCUAAUCCAAGAGGUCCCACCUCUGCCUAGAGCGUUCCAUGGCUCCCCAGGGCCCUAUGCAAUCUGCCCUAGUGGCAUAAUGAUUCAGUCUGCGAUACCCCUGGUUCAAAUCUUAACGCUGCCGUGCACCUCCUUCAGCCCUGUGGGAACUCCCUUCUUAGGAUCUCUGGUUCUCACCCGAUUCUCUUACCUGAGAAGUGGAGGUAAUAAUAGCACGGACUUCACUGGGGCGUGGGGAAUGCCAGGAGAGGCCAUGCGUGUAACGUUAUCCGGGUGGCAAGCCCAUAUUUAGGUCUAUGAAAAUAGCGACUGUCAGCUGGUCUGCUUUCUGAAGAAAGUGUCUCUUCCUGCUUAAACCUCUGUCCCUGACGGUCCCUGCCAAUCUCUCUGGUCGACCCCAACGCAGUGGGAGGACAGACACAGGCUCCAAACUCCGCUUCCUGAAUUGUAGACUAAACAAGAUCAGCAAAUGGUCACUGAGUCCCCCAAGUCCCAGAUGCUUUCCUGCGCCGGUAACUAGGGUUUGUCGCCUCACCCUAACCAUCAUUCAAACCCAGAUUCCAGCCAGAGCUGUGACUGUGCCCGCUAAGUGGAUUGCCUUGUCAGGGAGUGAGUGCCCCAUCGUCGGGAGAAUCCAAGCAGGACUGCCAUGGAGGAAGGUCAAUAUUCAGAGAUCGAGGAGCUUUCCAGGAAGAAGGGGUGCCACAAGCACUGGACUCAGACUGUGCUGCUGGGGCUGCUGACCACUGCUCUGUGGGCUGGGCUGCUGACUCUGCUUCUCCUAUGGCACGGGGACACCACACAGAAUCUGAAACAGCUGGAAGAGAGAGCUGCCCUGAACGUCUCUCAAGUUUCCAAGUACUUUGAAAGAUACCAGGGUGACCAGAUGGCGCAGAAAUCCCAGGCCACGGAGAUUUCACAGAGCUUGGAGGAACUUCGAGCUGAACAGCAGAAAAUGAAAUCUGAGGACUCUCAGCUGUACCGGAACCUGAAUAAACUUGAAGAAGAUCUGAGCAGCUUCAAGUCCCAGGAAUUGAAUCAGAGGCACGCAGCUUCGGAUUUGCUGGGAAGACUCCAGGAGGAGGUGAGGAAGCUGCAGAUGGAGCUGCAGGUGUCCAGAGCGACAGGGUCUCGCUAUGUUGCCCAGGCUUGUCCUGAACUCCUGGGCUCCAGCAGUCCUCUCGCCUCGGCCUCUCCAAAUCCUGAGAUUACAGGCUUUGUGUGCAACGCGUGCCCGGAAAACUGGGUCAGUUUCCAACAGAAGUGCUACUACUUCGGUAAGGGCACCAAGCAGUGGGUCCACGCCCGGUACGCCUGUGAAGACGUGGAAGGGCAGCUGGUCAGCAUCCACAGCCACGAGGAGCAGGACUUCCUGAUCAAGCAUGCCAGCCGCACGGGCUCCUGGAUUGGCCUUCGGAACUUGGACCUGAAGGGGGAGUUUAUCUGGAUGGAUGGGACCCCUGUGGACUACAGCAACUGGGCUCCAGAGGAACCUACCAACCGGAACCAGGGCGAAGACUGUGUGAUGAUGCGGGGCUCUGGCGACUGGAACGACAUCUACUGCGACCGUAAGCUGGGCGCCUGGGUGUGCGAUCGGCUGGCCACGUGUGUGCCGCUAGACAGGGAAGGUUCCGCGGAGUUCCUGGAACCUGAUUCAGAACUGGGACCUGAUUCAGAACCAGGCCAGGAUGGCCGCCUGCCUAUCCCCUCUGCCCUUCUCCACCCUUGAGCAUGGACCCAGCCAGCCCAGAAUGAAACCCUGAAGACCCCCAGCCAUAGCCUGGACGCCUCUUUGCAGCUGAAAGGUCCCCAUGACAUUUUCUCCCACCCAAAGGGAGGCAGCUGACACAUCCCAGCUCCUCUGCAGCCCUGCCUCCCCAGAAGUGCCCCUCAACAGCGCCCUGUCCAGAUGGAAGUAUUCCCAACACCACCCUCUCCAGAUGUACCCCCAUGUCCUCAGCACCCCAGGACCUGAGCACCCCAAGCUCAGGUGGCGAGUCCUCCUGUCCAGCCUGCAUCAGUAAAAUGCAAUAAUGGUCCCCCCAACAUUUGUUACCUU